AUCCAAAAGCGGAGCCUGAUUGUGAGAUUCAUAUACCCAUCUCUCCGCUGCCGACCAGCCUUCGGGCCCCCCUCCCCUACCAAAAACAGACGACAUCCCAUCGUCUUGUCUUGAUGCGCUCCAACCUAUAUCAUCAAAGAAUCCGAUAACGUAGAUUGACAUCGCUCAUUGCUCGAUUCAAUCUUGACAUCCUCUCCGCGGCCGCCUCGGGUUUCCGUGACAGUGGAGAUUUCUGCAGUCGCCAGGGUCGAUCCGGUACUCGACGCAAAGGCUUAAAGAGACAAAAAGACAAAAGUACACACAUACACACACUCUCUCUCUCUCGACUGGAAUAAAUGGCAACCGACACCGAGACGCUCUCUCUCCCGACCACCACGGCCCCGACAGAGGUCGCUGCGUCAACAUGUCUCCCUCAAGACGAGCAUCAGUUCCGUGGAACCAACUGGCUAACAUCCAACCUCUUGUCCUCGUACAGGAGCGUAGAGGAAGCUUGCAAGCGUUCGCUAGAGCACUUUCCCUGUCCGAGCGUCUCCUUCGCCAUGCCUACUCUCGAGUUUGACUUUCGCAUCGCCGUCGCACUCAAUCCGGAGCCCUCCAGAAUUGAGAACCGUGUCCAAAAGGAGAUCACCACCAUCAAGGGAGGCAGGUGGUCCGGAUCAUUUGGCAACGGUCGAGUCAUGGCCGGCGGAUAUGAUCUCGGGCAGGCACGGGGCUUUCGUCCGAUUCGCAUUGUUGAGGGCGCAUUUGUCCUGCAGACUACUGACCAACCUCCGGCCAUGCUGGAGAUGCGUACGCGAGGGUCGCUGUCGGGCCCAUGUGACGUACUCGAUACCCUGCUCAGCGCCCGGGAAUCAAAGGAGAACAUUGAUCCCCGUCAAUACGGCUUUCGGACCUUUGCCACGGUCAAAACAGCAGACAAGCGCUAUGCCGAGUUCGUCAACUGUGGGCUCUGGGUCGCCAGUGGUGUGUGGCGAGGUGAAGAGCUCAUUAUCGACGCCUAUCGCCUCACUUGAAGACAGGCAGCAUAAGGCCAUCUAUCGGGAAAAGACGUAUUAUGCCAGAGGCAUAACCCGAAGUUCUCUGGGAAAAAAUUUGCUAUUGCGAGACCAACGACACAAAGCAUAGGGAAGGGCGGCGCCGGCGGACUGCAUUUUUUUCUUUUCUCUCUUCUCAACGGUUUGGCGGAUUCACGAUGACUCGCCCGGGUGACGGCAGAUUUGCGGAGUUUGAAGCGUGGAGUUUUUCCUUUCCGGAGUAUUUUUCUUUUCAGCAUCGGU